CAGGCAAUGAUGCUUUCCUGGAGCGAGAUGCGAAUGGCCCUACACCCUCCUGAGACCUAUCAGGUCGUGUUAUCUGACCUAGCACAGCGUCCGUUCCCAUCCUCCGUGCCACCAUGAGCUCGGAUCCACAGCGCCCACCGAACGCCGGGCCCAAGACGUCCCAGCAGUUUCUGCCUCCACCGGCGCACCCGUCGCUGCGGAAUGCGCAUUCCCCUCCUGCGGCGUAUGCCACGAGGAGGGUGCCCCCUCUCAGCCCAAGGCCCACACCACCACCCCCGCCGCCGAGGGCAAUAUCGCCUCACCCAGAACCAUCUACUUCGGCGAGCGCAUCGGCGCUGGAUGUACGGACGCUCCAGCUUGAGCCUACUACACCUGGCACGCUCGAACAUGAGCCAUCCGAGGUCGUAGCAGACAUGGAGGCUGACGUGGAGGAGCACGUCGAGGCGGAGGAGGAACUCUCGGAGGGCCAGUUGAGAGAGCUGUAUGACGAUGAGGAGAUCGAGAGGUUCUUACGUCUGUUCUCUGCUUAUGUGCGUGAGGCUAGAGUCGCGCAUCCGUCGGGAACUGCGCCGCAGAGAUCUGGCGACAAGCAGACUUCAGAGCCGAGCGAACGUUCGCAAGAAGUCGGUGACGAAGACGUCGAGCUGGACAUAUCGGCCGAGACUGAUGAGGCGACAGAGGAGGCGGAGCCACCGCCAUUGCCUCCUCGUCCGGACGUAGACCGCUCCCUGUCCGAGCGAAUCGUCAUGGAUUAUCUGCUACCUCUACUACCUCUUGAACCGAAGCCGCCUACCUUUACGGUGCGGCGGCUCUACUUGACAGCUGAACGACUGUACCUAGCCUUCGUACCUGCUUAUGAACAUCUGGCCCAACGCCUCAUACGCCUUGCUGUCUGGGAGGACUGGAACACGAGCUCUUCUACUGCGCUGUUAGCGUACUGGUUCUUAUGGUACCAUAACUUCCUGCUCCCUGCCCUUGUCCUGCGGAUUCUGUAUUCCCUCGUCCGCCGCAAGCUUCUACCCUACCCAAACCUUCAGGAACUCCGCGAGCACCGACUCUACGUAGAACGCGCGAAAGAGUUUAGUGCCACUGUCACCGCUCGCCUCGUUGCAGCCCCGACGUACGACGUGCAAGACGUCUGGCGACUUGUGCACGACUUCCAUCGGUCAAGGAAGCUCAAAAAGGCCGCUAGGAACAAUGCAAAGGCCGAAACCCCUCUGAGUGACGAUGUGGGUGACGAGCCUGAAGCGAAGCCAGAGGAGCCUCCGCUCGCGGAAGAGGUUGUAGAGACUGAGGAGACUGACAUCAAGCGGGAGCUCCUGGCGGCACUCAGCUACAUUGCCGACCUGCACGAGAGAGUCAAGAAUAUUUUCCUGUGGCGUAGACCGACAUCGUCACUUAUCUACGCAGUGGCUUUGUGCUUCGCCUUCCUGGUGACACUGCUUCCUGCGAAGUAUCUGUCGAAAUCCGUCGGCCUUGCGCUAGGUAUCGUCUUCUGGCACGUAGUGCCUAUCCUAUUAGCAAUCCCACCGUCAAGGCGCACCAAGUAUCCGCCCGUCUUCCAAGAUGUCCCCACUGAUGCGGAGUAUGCGAUGGAACUUAUCUCCCAGCGCGUCGCGCGUGGUCUGGACGUCAAGCCAAAAACGCGCAGGCCGAAGCCGGGGUCUCCUUCGCAAGAAACAGACAGGAUGUCCAUGAGGACGGUCGACGGCGACAGAUCAAUUCAGUCGUUCGAGUCCUCGGAGUCUUCUAGCUCCAUCACAUGGCAGAAAUGGGCAGGUCGCGUCGACACCAGUAAGACGGUCGCCAAAGAUGCUAAGAAGCUGUUCAAGGAUGGACGGUGGAAAAGCCCAGGAAACUGGACAGCGUUGAACCCAUUGGCUGCCAAGGUUGCCAUGCCCGAUGGUGCAUUGGAAUCUCGGAUACAGACGUACACCUUCCCGGCGCAAUAUGCGAUGGCAUCCGGUCUAAUAACCCUGACACCGGAUGCGCUUUUCUUUACGCCCUUGCUCUCAACAACUGCGAAGGUAGCCAUCCCGUCGGAUGCGAUAGGCGGCAUCAAACGGACCAGUCCUAUGAGGGGACUGAACGUCCGCUGGGUCCGCCACCACGACGACGGCCAGGACGAGGAGCGCGAAGAGAAGUUCCUUUGGGUGGGCGAUCGUGACGAGCUGUUCGCCCGACUGGUCGCGUGGGGUGGGCACCGAUGGAUGAAUGUCUGAUGCAUUGAUGGAGGAGCGGACGUAAUUGUGUGUACGUCUGCCUUACCUCUGUUGUUGUAAUGUGGCUUUGCGCUUCGCGGACACUCGCAAUGUGGACGUUUCUGUAUUAGGCAAGUCUUCUAGAAAGGUGUCAAUGGCUUGCUCAAGCCAUCCUCUGUCACUCCGCUGCCCUAGCGUGACGAUCGCGAGCGAAAGGGCUCCCCGUCUUUCCUCUGACCUCCACUCUCUCCUUCUCCCAGCGCGUAGAAGCACCUCCAAACUGACUACCUUCGCCGCCAUUGCUCGACGACGACGAAGUCUCACCUUGAGGUGGUCCCCAUACUACACCCUUGCUCGU